AUGAAGGCAUGCAACAAACCAUGGCGAGCUGGAUUGGUUGAUCCGAGAUCUAAUGCUGACAGCUUGACCUUUAGUGGAACUCUUAAUGCUACUACUAAUUCAACUCCUGCUAAUAUGCCAAGAGAUGGAAGUUCUACCCAAAGAAGGGAUGAUAUCUCGAGUUCAAUAUUUCAAGAAAAUGAAGGUGAAUUGGGAGAAGCUGGAGUGGAUAUGCAGGAUCUUGUUGAGCAAAGUAGGGCUUUGAUGAGAGCAAGAGAUCCUUAUUUAAACAUUAAUUUGCAUAAGUACGAUGCAGCCAAUUCAACAUGUCUUGAGAGCAAAGAGCGCUGCUGCAUAUGCUUGGAUGAGUAUUUCGACGGAGAAAACCUUGCAAAAAUUGAUUGUGGCCAUUUAUACCAUGUUGGUUGCAUCAAAGAGUGGAACAAGCUUGAGAACACUUUCCCUGUGUGCAAGAGGAGAAUCUCGGCUAUGCUACCUUGA